AUAAUGUAUUGCACCAAAGACUGUAAUUGUAGUUUAUGCCGAGAAUUGAGGGGAUUUCGGCCGGGAAAGGGUGUUAAGAAACCUGCACCUCGACCCCCCCUCACAUCAUCAAUAUUGGGCCGGCUGAAUGAGAACUUUAUUUUGCGUCGGCGGGUCACAAGCUCAAUCAAAACAUUUCAACCACAGUCGUUGAAAUGUAGCGAAAUGUGCCAACAACGUGAUAUUGGCCAGAUCUAUGACUUCUGUCAGCGCCAAACCCAAACACCAUCACCUACACCUGUGACACAAGCCCCGCCUUCACCCCAGUCAACUCGCAGCAACGGAAAGAAAGACCAUAAACCACAAACGCCGCCCAAACCCAACCACAAGGUUGUAAUCUACUUUGGCGAUUCGUUAGCUCACCGCUCCAACAAGGCCAGUACAGAUGAAGCGGUGUCACCGACACCGACGCCACUUGCGUUGCAACUCAAUACCAGCGAUCUCAUUUCGCAGAUGCAGAAUGAGAUCACAUCAAUGCACUCUGAGCUGCCACCCUACAUUGAGAGUGUGCAGAAUGGUGUAAUCAAUAUAAAGAUUGAAGGCAACUAUCAGCAGGCUACUGCUCUAGUCGACAAGGUGUCCAGGCCUUGCCAAGCCCUUGUGGGCAAACCAAGAGAUCAUGAGGACAAUCCAACAGAAGAUGAUGACGACGAUGACGGUCGCUACCAAAGCGAUGAGGAUGAUGCGGAAGCUGGUGUUGGCGAUUGGAGUUUCGUCCAAGGCUGGCGAGCACGACCUGUUGGUAACAUACGUCCCGAUUUUUGCAGCCAACGAACUAGCGCUCCGUUUUCAUAUACAUCUGGUUUACCGGCGACGUCAACUUCGAGCGCUAAUAUGGGCCAGAUAAAUGCAAGUGGCUUCCAGAACUGCUCUACGAGCACCGUACGCAUUCACAGCCCGGCUGUGGCAACGCCGGCUCCUCGGAUACCCAAGGAAGUCGCACAACGUCCACUGUCUAAUUUAGGUGGACAUAGCGUGGCCAGUGCCUCGGCCUUAUCUACCUAUAGUCCUACGCAUUUGGAAAAUGGCCAAACGAAGGUGGACAUGAGAGCAUUAGGAUCACAAAAUGGCAACAAUUUGGGCAAGUUGGGUCCGCAACGGGCUAUAUCGGGCCCUUCUCGGCUGACUGCUCAAAGUACACCGGUGAGGUCACAACCGGCCAUGCUAAGUGGCAGCCUAUCUCAACAGCCAUCAAAUACGUGUGGCACAACAAAGUGCUCGGAUCGAAGCGCCUUUGACUAUAGUUCGGCUGCCAUUGGUAUACCGAUUGAGGGCAGUUAUCAGUCAAGUCCAAGCAAUGUGUCGAAAGGAAAUCAUCCGACGCGCACUCAUCAUCACGAGUUUCGUGCUUUGGAACGUGUAAAGGAGUGUCACAGUUCCUCGGAUGAGAAUCGAUCAUCGGGCCACGCUAGUAUGUCGGAUACUGGUGGACAUGGCAGUUCCUCACCCGGUGGCGUAGCCUUGUGUCCACUACCAGAGGAUCGUUUGGCUGCAGUAGUCACUAAUCGAAGUACUCGCUCUCGAACGACAACUAACCAUUCACGAGCAAGGCACCGGGCUACACCUGCGAAAGCACCUUGGAGUGGCAAUGGAUUAGAAGAUAUCAAAUUAGCAAUACAACAACUAACCAUGAGGUCCCAAACAAGUACCAGUACUUACAGCAGCAUAAGUUCGGAAAGCUCGGAGCCGGCUAGACGCCUGGGCCGUUACGCUUCCUUAGAAACAGUGAAUACUAAUGUAACCAGUGCCGAUGAGUUUGUCUGGGUGGACUCUCAUAAUCGUUUGGUGGAAUUGCAACAUCCGCCUUGGAGCCAACAGUGCAUCAUCAAAGUAAUGCGAGACGGACGUUGUAAGGAGUAUGCAGAUCGAGUGGCGCCCGAUGCCUUAUCUCGUUUGGGCUAUUUGUUGCAGAGAGCUCUGGUGCGCAUUGCCAGGGAGAUACAGAGACUUUCCUCGAACCUAGGUCUUUGCUCCAAACAAGAAGUUGCCGGCGCCUUUAAAAUAGUGCUCUGUCCGGCCCUGGCUGACUCCUGCAUUAAGGCAUGUCUUCGUGCGGCUGCCAUGUUCGCUGUUCCGGGUGACAGCGCACUUAAGCAAAGUAAAUCGUCUCGAGCUGGUAUACAAUUGUCAGUGGGAAGGUUCCACCGAUGGAUGACGGACUCCAGACUGGGAAAAUUCAUUCAUGAGUACGCUGCCGUAUAUCUUUGUGCUGGCAUGGAAAAUCUCCUGGAAGAGAUACUACUUCAAUGUUUCCCCGCCGAUUCAAAUCAGCAGUUAACAUCUGCUGCCCUAGAACAUGCAAUCUCACUAUCUGCCGAUAUGUGGGGUCUUUUGCAGCCGUUUGCCCACCUUAACGCAGGACGAAUAGCUUCGGGGGCAUUGACUAUGCCGCGAUGGGCUAGCCAAUCAUCACUGGGAUCUGGUACACAUAGGAGUGGUUCUUCGGGUGGAAGCACCAAUGUGGCAAUGGAGUGUUUGCUAACAACAUGCGUAGGCAGCAUUUCGGAACUGAAGGAUCUCGCCCAAAGAGCACAGCAGAAAUUCCAACAAUGUUCCAUUUCCAGUGCUGCCCUCUCUGCCCUAUUCUAUUUUAUGAGAUGUUCCCAGUUGGAACACAGCGAAUUCACGGGACAGCAAUUAGCUGGAGCGAGCGGCAACAACGCCAAUAGCACCCAAAACAUUCAGGAAUUGUGUUACGAGAGAGCAUACGUAGUUCUGCCACCCUUGGUCGAAUGGUUACGUGUCGCAUCAGCACACGCCGAGUACCGAAAUUCGGUUAUGAUCGAUAAAGACGAUAUAAUGCAAGCGGCCAGACUUCUCCUACCGGGUGUAGAUUGUCCAAUGCGUUCAGUGUGCAGCGACGAAGAACUAACUACCAAGAAGUCGCAUUUUCCCCAUUUACCCACAACAUUGCCCUCCAGCCUGUGCGAGGACACCACGGAUUUGGGAAAACGAGCCACGAUUGCGUUAGCGUUCAAGCUAAUGCUGACUGGAAGAGCAGAGCUUUUAGCCCAAGCUUCUAAUCUGUUACCUGUCACGACCCGCUAUGAUACCCUCAACCAUGCAGGUAUGACUGCAUUGAUGAUCGCUAGUAUUCGCAACGAUGACGUAGUAAUUCAAGCCCUCCUUGAUGCUGGCUGUGAGCCUAACAUUGAGGUACCAGCUAUUGGAAAUCCAAACUAUCCCGCCAUACACCCCGACACCCAGCAUUGGACGGCGGUGACAUUCGCAGCAAGCCGAGGCAAUUAUGUCGCGUUGCGUGUCUUAUUAGAACGCGGAGGAAAAGUGGAAGGAGGCGCCCGACAAAGCGAAGACAAACAUACCCUAACACCGUUGCAAGUAGCGUGUGGAUCCGGAAAUAUUGAGGUAGUGUCUCUUUUGCUGCUGCACGGAGCGAACGCCUUUCUAUCCACACAGCAAAAGGACUCUAUGAGUUUUGCUGGGUCAGCUCAACGAGGUUGUUAUUGUGCCAUAUCUGUGGCAGCCGCACACGGCCAACGUUCUGUUCUACGGAAGCUACUAUACACACCGAUUUCACAGGGUUCUAAAGAUGUUUUGUCGUUGGAAGAAAUGCUAGCAGAGGGCGAUAGUUCCAGCACACGACCUGUUGCUGAGCGUUUGUCCAGCAGUGAAAUUGCCACAAGUCUCAGCAAAACCCAAAUUAAGAGUCUGCAAGAAGCCAUGUACCACAGUGCGGAAAACAACCAUUUGGAUAUCACCAUUGAACUGAGAACAUUGGGUGUUCCAUGGACACUGCAUUGUUGGAUGCACGCUUUGGCAGCAGCACACGAAUUGCGCCUGGAGGGUGUCAUAGAUCAACUUCUGCAGGAUUUCCUUCAAGUUUGUCCCGAUGAUUACAGUGUUCAAUUUGUUAGCGAGUGUCUGCCCCUGCUUUUCAACAUAUUCAGAUAUAGUAAAAAUGAGGGCACAACACUGUUGCUGGCGGACAUAUUUGCCACCUGUUAUGGCUGGCAACAGAUUAAACCGAUUGAGGAGACUUCGUCGCAGCCCAUUAACAGUUCUCGAAUUGAUCCCAAAUUCGUUAACAAUCCAGAGUUGAGUGACGUGAUUUUCAGGGUUGAGGGCAAGCUGUUCUAUGGUCACAAGAUUGUGUUGGUCACAGCUUCGCCGCGAUUCCAGAGCAUGCUUAGUUCGAAAUUGAGCGAUAGCAGCAUCCCUACGGUGCAGAUAAACGACAUUCGCUAUCACAUAUUCCAAUUGGUAAUGCAAUAUCUAUAUAGUGGCGGCUGCACUAACCUCGACGUCUCGAAGACUGACGUACUGGAACUAAUGGCCGCAGCCAGUUUUUUUCAAUUGGAAGGUCUUCUACGAUACACCGAAUCCAGGUGUUCGGAAAUGAUAGACAUCGACAAUGUGGUUGCCAUGUAUAUUCAUGCCAAGGUUUACAGCGCCAAUAAACUUUUAGAAUUUUGUCAAGGGUUCCUACUGCAGAAUAUGGUGGCUUUGCUGACGUACGAUGAUUCUGUAAAGAGACUACUUUUUGCUAAAAAGAUACCCAACCACGAUGUCCUAAUAGGACUGCUGCAGGCCUUGCAGCAACGCAUAAAAGAGCGAAAAUCAAUGGGUCCGUUCAAUUUUCGUCAACAAUUAAGUUCGCCGUCCGAAUCAGCAACUGCGGCAUCCGCCACGAACGCUACAAAAUAA